CUUUUACACACACGAUUAUGCCCACAGGUAACAGGAAACCAGUGUUUCAAAAGAAAACUUGAUCACAUUGCUAGAUAACGCAGGUAUCCUAAAUAAGUGUGUGAGCGCCUCAAGGGCUUUACCUACAGCUCCUGCCAAAAGUACAUAUUUUUUUGAUUGGUAAGAACGGCAGGUGACGCUUCAUGAAAUAUAAAUGCAAGAAAGACUCGGGAGAGCUCAAUAAAAACCUUCCACCCGUCAGUCUGGGAGGAUAAGAAAGAUACUGUUUAACAACAGCUGGAAAUGGCUUUCGGAGUGCCAAUAUCAGUCUAUCUCUUAUUCAAAGCAAUGACAGCAUUGACUGAAGAGGCAGCCGUGACUGGAACACCUUCAAACACAACCCAGCAAAGCAACUGGACAGUUAACAAAACAGAAGCUGACUACACAGAAGGGCCCAUAGCCUUGAAGUUCUCACAUCCUUGCCUGGAAGACCACAAUAGUUACUGCAUCAAUGGUGUUUGUGCAUUCCACCAUGAGCUGGAAAAAGCCAUCUGCAGGUGUUUUACUGGUUAUACUGGAGAAAGGUGUGAACACUUGACCUUAACUUCAUAUGCUGUGGAUUCUUAUGAAAAAUACAUUGCAAUUGGGAUUGGUGUUGGAUUAUUAUUAAGUGGUUUUCUUGCUAUUUUUUACUGCUACAUAACAAAGAGGUGUCUAAAAUUGAAAUCACCUUACAACAUCUGUUCUGGAGGAAGACCACUGUGAGGCCUUCGUAAGAAAUUUUCGUGAGGCGUGUAUAAAAAUCAGUGGGCCCCAAAUUGAAAUCUUCCAAUGAAACAACAAAACUUCCCAAGCUGACUGGACUCGAAAAUAAAGGACGUUGGGAUCGUGAUGAAAUGAGACUAUAAACUUCAACGUUGGUCUUCAGACUUUGCCAUCGUUAGGGUGCCAUGGGAAUCGAGUGAACAAGCUACUGUGACAGAAGUCAAGUUCAUAGUCCUACUCUGGGUGUGUUGCUGUUGUUGUGUGGUUAUUGUUCUUACUGCAGAAAGACUGAGCUUCAUGCUUCUGACCACGUCAGAUGUGAAUUUUCAUGGGAAUAAUUACCAACCUUGCAGCAAGCCAAAGCAAUGCCAAGCUUGGGUUCUUCACGUGCUGGCUACCACCAGUAGUUUAGAUCACUGCGCUACGGACCUAGUCCCAAGCAUGCUGCUUUCAUGGUGUCUAAUGCUAGGAUGAGGUCAGUGUUAUGGCACCUCCAGCAAUGCAAGCGAGUGCUUGAAGCCUAAACCAGGGAAAAGAAAAUGGAAUGUCCAAGGCAAACAUAAACCAUACCCAGCUCGCGACAACACUGUGUAGCCUGUAUCUGUGAAAUGUGGAAUGAGUUGAAGAGUUUUUGAUGACUAAAAGCUAUCUGGAUAUUGAGCCCUGAGUAGGGGAAACAUUUCUGUUUCUGCAUGGAUUAUAAAACCUUGUGUCGGACUCAGUGGUCCCCUAAUGUUUAUGUUCAUCACCUCUUCCUAUUGUUAGUGGAAUUACCUGGUGACUAUCCAUUUGGCCUGAAAUUGUAGAAUUCUACUAAUAAAUAAAAUUCUACCAUCGGCCCUGAAAUAGAAACUGAAGAAUCGGACAUAGGACUUGUUUCACCAGCCGACAACCUGUGGAAACUUUCUCCGCCAUUUCUGAACGCUUGACAGCAGAUUUGCACAUAGCGAGAGAAAAUGAACAAUGAUAGAAAUCCCCACUUGGGAAUUAGGGUCCCUUCCUCUUUAAUCAUACUUCUUCCACAUCAGUAGGAUUAUCCUCGUGCAGGUCCUUUAAUUUCUUCAGGCUUUGGUUUUAUCUUCUACAAGGCCCUGCUAGUUUUUAGAGUUUGACUGUGGGUCAAGAGAAAUUUUUCCAUAUUUGUCCCGCAAGUGGAAUUAUUCUCAACACCACCUCUGUCCCCCACGCCACAUCAAACCCCAAAACACACCACCGGAUGUCAUCUUAGGUGUCUAUUUGAGUGUUUGGUUUGCAAAACAAUCAUUUAAAAUUUUGUCUUUAGAGGAAGUGAAACAUGGAAUUGAAGAAGAAGAAUAUCUACCAAUUUUCUCUUGGAUUCAAUCUAAAACUGUGGACCUUAUUUUUUCUCCAUGGCCAUGUAGAUAAGCAAAACAAUUCUGAUCACAAGAUGGGUUAAAGGAGGAUCAAACGUGAAUGUGCCUACAAUGGUAACAAGACUUUCACUUCUGUAAUGACUUUUCCAUUCGCUCCUAAACAAAACUUUACAUUCUGCUUUCCUUUGAGUAGAAGGCAUUUCGCCAGCUUUGUUUUUCCUUCAUAAGGAAUUUAAUGCCGAUGAAUUACACGUCAGCAUUUUCUGCUUGUCCUCACAAAGUAUGCAAAGGUUACAUCAUACCAAAAAGUGGGGAGGUGAAGUUUCCUCCCAGUGACUCCAGCGACCGCACCUAGAAAGCUAUGAUCUUCCCGAGCUUUUCAAAAAGGUGUUAAAACGCUGGGGAGAGUCCAGGAAGAGACAAUAAAGCUUAAUUAAGGACUGCCUCUUGAUGAAAGGAAAGAGGAACUAACGCUGGAGUCUGGAGAGGUGAUAACCUAAAAAGUUAUAAAUAUCUGCUGUCUAUAAAUAUUUCUAAACUGUAAACACAAUAUAAUUGAAACUAAGAAACACCAGACAGAGAAUUAAAAUGUCCAGAUUGCCAAACCAAAACAGAAACCAAUAGGGAUUCUGAGUUUUUCAGUGUGGAAGAGUGUGCAUUAACAGUAUAAAAUCCCCCCCGUGAGACCAUACAGACAUUUAGAAUGUGGCUUAUGAGAAGCCAUCUGUUGGUGGUCUGUCAUACAAAGUAAUCGUCUGGUCCCCUGAAGCCUAGAAUUCAUUUUGCAGAGAGGAAUCUCCGGCAUUCCUAUGGCAAUAUUUACACAUGUACGUAGGACUUAAGUGAGACAAUGCAUAUAAAUACAAGAUGUUCUGCAAACUUCUUUAUCUUCUGUUUUUUUCCUGUGCAAGACCCUGAGAAAAGCCUGCCAGGGAAGCCCUUGGCAUCAAGAUUACAUUUCCAGCUAUCAGUCAUGAAUUAUUAGGUGGUGUGGCUCAUUCAGGAAAGAAAGGAAAACAUGUUUCUGGCACCUUGGACUAAAUCAAGCAGGAUAAGGGGUUCACCGAUUUCAUUCAUUUCCCAUUCUGUCUUCUUUAGAUAUCUACCCUUCAAUCUCUGAGAACACGUCCUUAAGUCAUCAAUAUUCAUAAGUGCUUCAUUAAUUCACAUUCGGAGCAUGAUAAGGGUGAGGGCAAACACCAUAAUUUCAAACAUAUGUGAGCCAGUAAAUUCACAGAGAAAAUUAUAAUUACUUGUUAUUGUAUCUUCUUUCCCCAAAUUACUUUUUUCUUUAAGUAAUCUCUAUACCCAACACGGGGUUUGAACUCAUGACCCCGAGAUCAACAGUCACAUGCUCUACUGUCUCAGCCAGCCAGGUGCCCCCUCCCAAAUUACUUUUUUGUAUGUUAUGUUUUUUAUAAUCCCGGAAGUAGAUGAAAUUAUAACAUAGAUUAUCUUUUAGUGUUUCUGGCCACAAUACAAAUCUAAUCCUUUAAUUCGGAAAUGUCCAUUUUGGUGAUGUCAAGGAGAUUUCCAUUCAUUAUAUGUAAUUGAGAAAGUGUCUUCAGAAAAUAACAAGGCAAACAUCAGCAAUCUAAGCUUUUGAUGUUGGACAUAAGGGCAGUUUGUCUCUGCAGAAGACCAUGAGUAAGCCACCUAACUUCUUGCGUUGCAAAAUGUAACAAACCCUCUGUAGUGUGAUGUAAAUAUUGAUAUCCUGCAACCCACAUUCAUGGGAAGGGUUACCAGAAUCUCUCUAUUGCAAAAUACCACUCUUUCUGGCUUACAUCAUGGCUGCAUGACAUCAGGUUACUAGCAUCUGCCAAGAUGAACCGGAGGUGUUGAAAUUUAAUUUGUCAGAGUCUGGCACUGCUAAUCUGGGUGAGUCCACAUUUCUGUCCAAGCCUCGGUGCGGCCCUAUUCAGUAGCACGGUCAGAAGCAGAUCUUCCAAAUUCAGCUCCAAAUUUCUGUUAAUUAUUCAAUUCAGGAAUGAAUGCACAGUUCAGACUACGAGAGCAUAAGCCAUUCAUUUCCUCGGGAUUCAAAGGCUAGGCCCCCUGGAGAAUAUCCACGUGAAUAAACGAGUACUACCCUUCUACUUCACUCCUCUGCCAAAACUAAACAUGAUGGAUAUUCCAAACUGUGGGCAACACCCACAGCCUCCAAAGAAACAUCCCAUAAAGAUGAGGAAUAUGAUUAUAUGGUAACGAGGGGGAAUCGCAUUGUUUCGUCAGGUCUUAUCGCUAAUAUAUCUCAUGACCUUUCUUUAUAAUUUUUGUGUCUCGGAUAUUACUGGAGCAUAAAUCACUUAGACUGAAAUUUGGUUAGGACCGCAGUCAAGCAGGUAUCAAACUAGCAGUGCUUUUGAUCUUUAAGAGGAUGGCAAUUAGGCUUUACAUCUUUCUGGAAAGAAUGGCAUCUACAGAUCUUUAAAAUUGCCCGAAAAUUUUGAUUCAAUACUAAGUCUCCUCACAAAUCAAGUUAAAUGGUGUAAUAUAGCGAUCACUUAUGAGCACUUACAAUGCUUGAAAAGCAUUAUUAGCAUUAUUUUAAUUAACUCACACCUGUAUGGAAUUGAGGCUCAGAGAAAAGGCUAUUGCUUUUUCAAGGUCACUUUAGCCUUUCGGUGGCAGAGCCUAGAACUGAGCCAGGUAGGUCUUACGCUCAAGUCCCUCAUCUAAACUCUGUCUGAGAAUGCUUCCUUAAAUGUUAUGGAAAAUAUUAAUGUUAAUAGUUGGCUUCUUGAUGAGCUUAGAGAUAAUACCCAAGUGGUUUGCAUGCAAAUGAAAAAAAGCUCCUUUCUUUAGAAUGUAUGAAAUAAUAACCUUGGUCAUGGAUCAACCACAAAAAUUCCCUGCUGUCAUCUGCUGAUUAUUAAGAUAUGCAUACCAUCCUGAGGGUGGGGCUAGAACAGCCUUUAAGUGCCCGCUGACAGAUGAAUGUACGUUCCAGGGAGAGACUGUGGGCUGUAAAUAGACCCUGGUUUAUCUUCAGGACUCAGGGGAUGAAGAGGUUACUUGCAAACACUUGACCCCAGGCUGUGAACAAGGGUUCUCUGGCACCGGUCCCCUAACUGGGGCACAGCUGGCUUGGUUUGGUGAGGGGAUGGGGACUGAGUGGUUUUCCCAUCCACAGACAAAUCUCAUCAACUUCCUUCCCGCCAUGUCACGCACACAACCCUACCCCGAGUCCCACAAACACUUUGAAGAAAGAUGGCCAAUGGCAGCAGUCUAAGCGAGGGGCAAAAAUUGGAAGCACCACUAAAAAACCCUCCGCGGGGGAUGGACACUUGAACGACCUGUGAUCUGGUCCAGCUGCGUGCUUAUUUCACUCUGUUGGGAACCUCCACACAUGAUAUUCUUGUCUGUUAGACUCUAAGGACCAUCUCUCCAUCGCGUCCCUGGUUGAAAGUGGUAUGUGAAAAACACGCAGCCUCUACGGCAGAUUCAGCCUGCAGAUUCAUUUCCUUUGACGUUCAUGGUGUUUCCUUUAAAACAAGAUUACAUUUAGAGAACAAGAUAUUUUCCUGUAAAAAGAAUCUAGCUUUUUAAGCUGCUUUUGGAAAACAGAGGAUACAGAGCGCUGGUCCCCCACGCUUCCAUUGCUUUGGUCAGAAGUGUGCUCUCCACACCUAGCCUGCUUCUGUCACAGUGCUGCUUCUUCAGGGUUUCUAUGGGCCUCCACGGUCUGCAACCUUGGUUCUUCGACUGGAUGAAUUGUAAGAUCCUGCCUCAUCUCAGUUCCUCUGAGUCUAGCCGGCAGGCUGCCUGCAGAGGGCCUUGUUGUACCGCACACUGAACAAGCCAUAAAGGAACACGAGAGGCCAGGUCGCCCAGGAAUGUGCUCGUCAGGAGAACCCACACUCACCUGGAAGCUGGCAGGGGAGGCGUCUGAUGACUCAGACACUCUGCCCUGCCCACGCCCUCGGUCAUUCUCUGCUGUAAUCCUAAUCGGAUUUGUUUCCUCGGAGCUCAACCCUGCUUAUGUUACCUCCCUGCUCAAAGACCAAACUGACUCCCCAGCGUGCCCCAUGUUUGGCCAAGACUCCUCGCCUGGCAGCGGGAGGCCCUCCCUAGGGACGCUCAGGUGGUCUCUCUUUCUCAUCUACCCUUCCAGCAUUCCUUACACAGACCAUCCCUCAGCUGCCCUCUGUUCCCUGAACAGACUCACAGUUCCUAUCUAUGUUAGUUAGGGUCUCUGCCGUUUGCUCUACAUAUAUUAUCUCUCCAUCUCUGUCUGCCUAGUCACAGAUACCCCAUUUUCCUCCUUUGAACUCCCUGGAUAUUUACACCCCGCUUCCCCCAACGUUUUCGCGUCCCAAACCAAGCAGCGUUUACAUUUUACCUUGUUUAUAAUGAUUUUUGCUCCUGGCUAACUGCCAGUGGUAAUAAUAACUGACUUCAUUCGCUAAGUUCAUGCCUUAGACUGGGCACAGUGUUGAGUCAUUUAUUUACAGCCUCCCUUUUAACCCUCAGAGACAGCAGCCAGGAGGAAGGUUUUGUUGGGGGUUACGGUGAAGAGUGGUUCGGGAAAACAGACUGAGGCUUACCCCCCAGCUCCACCCCCUUACUAGCUGUGCCACUGUGAUCAAAUUCUUCAACUUUUCUAAGCCUGAGUUUUGUCCUUUGUAGAAAGGGGAUGAUAUUUAUCUCCUUAAGUGUUUUGGGAGAAAUAAUAAGUGCUCAAUAAAUAUUAGCUCUUUUGUUA